CUCGCAUUUAAUGUUUGUUUACGCUUUUCAUUUAUCGUUAAUUUAAUUAACAACAAUAUCCUCUAUUGUGGGAAUUGAAAGAAGUUUUCACGCGAUUAACGACCUUGCUUAGUGCGAGAAGAGAACGCCUUCAAUCCACCAAGCUGAAUUAGAGAGCAAGGAACGAAUUUAACAGAGAAUUUACUAACAGCACAGGCCUAACACCGUGAUGUGUACGAUAUGGGGGCAUGCCUGACAUUGGAACGUGAAGCAGGAAAAGCCCGAAAACGCAGCGAAGAAAUCGACAGGCAACUAGGCGAAUUCGCCAAGCAGCAGAACAAUGUCAUCAAAAUACUCCUUUUGGGAGCCGGAGAAAGCGGCAAGAGCACCCUAGUAAAACAAAUGAAGAUAAUCCAUGCGGACGGUUUCACUCUAGCCGAACUGAGCAGCUUCCGGCCCACGGUGCUCGACAACCUGCUGGCCUCGAUGAAGUACGUUUUGGCCGGCAUGGGCAUCCUCAGAAUCAACCUGGAGCACCAGAGGAACAAAUCGCACGCCCAGAACAUUCUAAUAGCCAAAAGCUGCUUCGAUAUGAGCUUUGCCAUAUUACCCGGAGUGGCCGCUUCCCUGCAGGCCCUGUGGUCCGAUCGGGGGGUUCGAUUAGCCGUUGCCCGGGGUUAUGAAUACGAAUUGAACGAUUCGGCUCUUUAUUUGUUCGAGAAUAUGGAGAGGAUUUGCGAUCCGAAAUACGUGCCGAAUCCAACGGACGUGCUGAGGGCUCGGGUGAGAACGCAGGGGAUCAUCGAGACUCAGUUUCGAAUAAACGAUUUGAUUAUUAGCAUGUACGAUGUGGGCGGGCAACGUUCGCAGAGGAGAAAGUGGAUAUAUUGCUUCGAUGACGUGAAGGCCGUGUUGUUUGUGGUGUCUUUAAGUGGCUACGAUAUGACUCUACUGGAGGAUCCGAGCGUGAACCGGCUAGAGGAGAGCCUCAACCUAUUCGGGCAAAUAGUCAACAACCCGUUCUUCAGGGAGGCCUCUUUCGUGUUGUUCUUGAACAAAUUCGAUUUGUUCAGGGAGAAGAUUUUGCAUUCGCAACGCCACUUGAGACUGUACUUUUCCGAUUACAACGGGCCCGAUAAGGACGUCGAUCGAGGGGCUUUGUUCGUACAGCAUAAAUUUAUAUUGAGAAACGGAGAUUCGAGGAAAGUUUUGUAUCCUCAUUUCACUACAGCUACAGAUACUGCUAAUGUUAGGGUGGUGUUUCAGUCCGUUAUGGAGAUUGUUUUGUCUGCCAAUUUGAGGCAUGUUACGCUGUUAUAGAUUUUUUUUAUUACUAUAUCGAAGGAACCGAGUCCUUGUAAAAUUAAUGCGAUGUUAAACUAUUAGUUUUUGCUGGACUGAUUUACUGUUAAAGCUCAAAGAAACGUUAAAAAGCAAUUAUACGAUUUGUAAAGUAUGUUAAACUUGCCAUUAAUCGAAAAUUAUUUGCCAUUUUGUGGUCUCAUUGAUUUUUAAUCGACGCGUUUGCCUGUGAUUUUUAUUUUAUAUUAGUAUCUUCUUUAUUUCGUCGAAAAUCCUUGUAUUAUUAAUUUUGAGUUGGUAUUUUUUAGUUAUUAAGUCAAUAAGUGAUCUCUGAAUUUAAUGUGUUCCCCUGACAAGUUUUCUUAAUCUAUUAUUGUAUUAGUUAACAUUUUACAUAAUUAUUUAAUUCUAUAAUUUUCUUACGGAUAUACGAAUAUUUAUUAGGUAUAUCAAAUCGAUUUGCGUCUUCCUAAAUUUCCCAAAUUAGCAAUUUUUUGCGAGAAAAUUCCUUUAAUAGUAAUAUAUAUA